AUGAACUCUUUAUGGGAGGAUAUCUGGUUGAAAUUAACUCUAUAUGAUAGGAUAUCCGGAUAUGACGAACUUGAGGAUAGUAUGAACAUUGAAUGGGAGAGUAUCCGGAUGAGUUUAACUCUGGAUUGGAUAUCCGGAUUAGAAGCGGACAGCUUUAAUAGAUAUUUAAAAGUAAUAGAGAGGAAUACUAGAAGGUAUUCUACAUGUGCUCAGCUGAUCAGUCAGGACUCCGGGGUAGCAAGUGAACUAGAUCUAGAUAUAAGAACAGAUAGAGAUAUUGCAAACCAGGAUGGGAGACUGGAUGAGGAUAAUAUGGUGAAGGAGGAGAGGAAGUAUGGAAACCUGAACCAAGAGAACAUAGUUAACUCUAGCUCGGAGUCAAACACUGAACCGGUCUCAGAUAUUUCUCCUGAACCCGAGUUUGUUCCUGAACCUGAUCUUUCUCCGGAACCUGAUCCUGCCCCGGAGAAGAACUAUGCGGGUACUCCGGCUCCAGGGGAGAUAAACAUCAAUUUCAAGAAAUGUAAAAAGGGGAUCAAACUAUACAGACAAGAGAGUCUCAGAGAAACAAAGUCCGAGGAUCAUCUUCAUCUUGCUGAGUCAUUGAGAGAAGAGAAGAAACCUAAAAAAGAAUCCUCAAAAUCAAAACAAGAUUUAGUUGAAAUAGAAGAUCAAUUGUGUAAACUGCUGGAUGCAAGGUGGAGGAUGGAGGACCAAAGAUGUUCACUUCCAGUAAAAGAGAAGAAAACGUCUGCUGUGAAAAGAAUAUUUAGGCGUCAAGCUGAAGUGGAUGUUAUUGACUCUACUGGGAAAUGUCAGAAGAUUGAGUUUAGAGCAACAGUCCCUGUUAAACAAAGGAAACCAACUCAAUAUUGA